CCUUCGCUUCCAGCCAGCCCGUUCAGCGGCCACGCAGACCACUUAGCGUUUCUUCAUGAUGGGUAUCGGGAAGAACACCACGUCCAAGUCAGUGGAGAAUGGAAGUUCAACGGAAGGCAAAUACGAGGAUGAAGCGAAGCAUCCCACCUUCUUUACUCUUCCGGUGGUGAUAAAUGGAGGUGCCACGUCCAGCGGUGAGCAAGACAAUGAAGACACUGAGCUCAUGGCAGUCUACACCACAGAAAACGGCAUCGCGGAGAAGAGCUCUCUCGCAGAGACCCUGGAUAGCACCGGAAGCUUAGACCCCCAGAGGUCGGACAUGAUUUACACCAUCGAAGAUGUUCCUCCCUGGUACUUGUGUAUAUUCCUGGGCCUACAGCACUACCUGACCUGCUUCAGUGGCACAAUCGCGGUGCCUUUCCUGCUGGCCGAUGCCAUGUGCGUGGGGUACGACCAGUGGGCCACCAGCCAGCUCAUCGGGACCAUCUUCUUCUGUGUGGGAAUCACCACCCUAUUACAGACCACGUUUGGAUGCAGGUUACCCCUGUUUCAGGCCAGUGCUUUUGCAUUUUUGGCCCCUGCUCGAGCCAUCCUGUCUUUAGAUAAAUGGAAAUGUAACACCACAGAUAUGUCCAUUGCCAACGGGACCGCAGAGCUGUUGCACACAGAGCACAUCUGGUACCCACGGAUCCGAGAGAUCCAGGGGGCCAUCAUCAUGUCCUCGCUGAUUGAGGUGGUCAUCGGCUUCCUGGGCCUUCCCGGGGCUCUGCUGAAGUACAUCGGGCCACUGACCAUCACACCUACCGUAGCCCUCAUCGGCCUCUCGGGUUUCCAGGCAGCAGGAGAGCGAGCAGGGAAACAUUGGGGUAUCGCCAUGCUGACAAUUUUCCUAGUAUUACUGUUUUCUCAGUAUGCCAGAAAUGUUAAGUUCCCUCUCCCAAUAUACAAAUCCAAGAAAGGAUGGACCGCGUACAAGUUACAGCUUUUCAAAAUGUUCCCUAUCAUCCUGGCCAUCCUGGUGUCUUGGCUGCUGUGUUUCAUCUUCACCAUGACAGACGUCUUCCCUCCCGACAGCACCAAGUAUGUGGGCGUGCUUCUGGUCGCCCCGUGGUUCAAGGUCCCGUACCCAUUCCAGUGGGGCCUGCCCACCGUGUCGGCCGCGGGUGUCAUCGGCAUGCUGAGCGCCGUGGUGGCCAGCAUCAUCGAGUCCAUCGGCGACUACUACGCCUGCGCGCGACUGUCCUGCGCCCCGCCCCCGCCCAUCCAUGCCAUAAAUAGGGGGAUUUUUGUGGAAGGCCUCUCCUGUGUCCUCGAUGGAGUGUUUGGUACCGGGAACGGCUCCACUUCAUCCAGUCCCAACAUCGGCGUGCUGGGAAUUACUAAGGUUGGCAGUCGCCGGGUGAUCCAGUAUGGGGCGGCCCUGAUGCUGGCGCUGGGCAUGGUGGGCAAGUUUAGCGCCCUCUUCGCGUCCUUGCCCGAUCCCGUGCUCGGCGCCCUCUUCUGCACUCUAUUUGGGAUGAUCACAGCUGUUGGACUCUCUAACCUGCAGUUCAUCGAUUUAAAUUCUUCCCGGAACCUCUUUGUGCUUGGAUUUUCAAUCUUCUUUGGACUUGUCCUGCCGAGUUACCUCAGACAGAACCCUCUGGUCACAGGGAUAACCGCGAUUGACCAAGUGUUGAAUGUUCUUCUCACGACCGCUAUGUUUGUAGGAGGCUGCGUGGCUUUCAUUUUGGAUAAUACCAUCCCAGGUUCUCCCGAGGAGAGAGGCAUCAGGAAGUGGAAGAAGGGCAUUGGCAAGGGGAACAAGUCGCUCGACGGCAUGGAGUCCUACGACCUGCCUUUCGGCAUGAACGUUAUUAAAAAGUACCGCUGCUUCAGCUACUUGCCCAUCAGCCCAACCUUUGUGGGCUACAAGUGGAAAAGCUUCAGGAAGAGCUGCAGCGGCCGGAACCCAGGCGAGGACUCGCAGGCCACCGUAUAG